AUGAGGCCGCCCAGGAACCUCACACACUGGCAGAGCCUCCCUGAUGUCGGGUCUCUUCCCAGCAGCGCCAGCCUGGCCGCUGCCGCCGCUCAAGCGCACUCGCUUGCCAUUGCUUUCGAACAGCCGUCCGUUCCUGGCACUCGUCUCAUCACCUUGGACCGGGAACAAAGCUUCACCUUUGACAGAGUCCUGGGCCCUGAUGCUCCUCAGGAGGCAGAGCAGGAGCUGCUGGCAUGUGUCCAGUUCACACAGGGCUCUGUGAGCCAAGGGUACAGCGUGGCCCUGCUGCUCUGGGGCCGGGAAACACAGGCACCUCGACUCGUGCUUCACCUGCUGCAGGUGCUGUUUGAGGAAUCUCUGCCUCUCAGCAGCUCUGAUCAUGUGCUUAGUAUUCUUAGUCUGGUGCAGGUGAGACCCUUGGGGGAGGGGAGAGAGACCCGGGACCUGCUCUCUCCAGGGGUGGAGAACCUGGCAGUACUGGAUGUGGCUCCUCUGGGCUUGGUGGUGGAAGAUGCCAGUGAAGUGGAGGUGUCUGAGGCAAGAGCUGCCUCAGAGCUGUACUUGCAGGCUGCAGUGGGUAAAGGCAGAGACUGCCCCCUGCUGCGGAUGUUGGCUGGUGAGGUUGUUGGUGAGGAGGUAGAGGGCUCUCUGCCCAGGAUUGUCUCAUAGCUCCUGGAAGGAAACAAUUACAGUGGGUUGCUUCUCUGCCUUGACCCCCAAGGUAGGUCCAUGAGUUUGCUCCAGGCUGCUCUGUUGGGGGCCUCGGAAGGGAGAAUGCAGGUGAAACAGGUGAGGCCCACACUAUGGGAUGCAGUAGAAGCAGCCUGGGCCCGCCAGGCUGGCCUGAGGAUCCUGCAUGUAGGCCUCCUUGGGGACACCCUGUCAGAUGGUGGGCUUAGCUGGCUGGGCAGGGCACUGUGGGAGCUACAGGUGAUAAAAGCCUGGAGCCAGUGCUCAAGAAGCCAGAUGCUCAAAAGAGCCAGAACUGGGGUCACGGGGCUCACAGAACCACAGGUCCCCAAUGUGGCCCUGCAGUUCUUCCUGGCCCAGGCCUGGAGGCAGAGACUGCGAGAGCAGCACGAAAUUUGGAUUCGAGAGGAGCUGAAGUGUUUGGAACAGGAGGAGGAGGUGGCAGGUGACUAGGUCAAAGGCCUGAUGGCCGAACAGGAGUUCUGCGAGGAGAGGCAGAGAUGGCACCAGGUACAGACAGUGCGGAGAUUCCAGCUGAAGGCCCUUUAGGCAGAGUGGGACACUGCAGAGCAGGACCUGGCAGCCUUCUAUGACCUGCAUGUGCAGGUCACCCGAGCUCGGACAUGCCAUGUGCUACAGGUAUUUCAAGCCUGGCAGGGGCUGUGGGAGGAAUAGACCAUGAUCACAGAGCAUCACCACCACAGCCUGCUGGCUGGUGUCCUGCAAGAUAUCAUCAACCUGGCCACACAGAACCAGGAGCUCCAAGCCCAGAACCAGCAGCUGCAGCAGAGUGCGGACUAG